AUUUGUACAAAGGGUAAGGUGCAUAUAUUCAAAUAUCUAACUGUACAAGCCUGUCAGAUUAAAACAGCAGAUUCACUGUAUCUUAAUGCCAUAGAACAACAGCAUUUGCCACAACCCGUGGAAGAGAGCAUUGAUGACAUCUACCCAAGCAAAAAGGACUCAGAUUCAGGUGUUGGUAGUGAUAACGGCGAUAAACGUUUAUCAGCAACAGAGCCCUCUGAUGAAGAUACAAUCAGCUUUAAUGUUCCAAUGUCGGACAUCGUGGAAGAAGAUCAGAUCGUAAAGGAAGAUUCAGGUCACCACGUUAACUCAAGAAAAGUGGAAUUCCAUCAAGGAUCUUCUCACUUGAUUGUCAAUGAUAAGUCAAGAGAAACAGGAAGCGAGUUUGAUGAAUCGGAUACUCUUACUACUGAAUUUAUGAGUUACAUUAAGAGCAGAGCAGCAGAGUGUGAUGAAUUACUGAGAAUAGAAGAGGACACACAAUGGCAAACAGACGAAAUCAGUCAAAUGCAGAUGGAGAUGUCUUCCCUUGGCCAGAGAGAAAAUGCUGAAGAGGAACUAGAAUUUCAGAGGAGAAGGGACUUGAUAAUGGAGAAAGCAAAGCCUGAAGUGAGAACUUGUGAACAGGGUGAAAAAUGGUCUUUGGGUCAGAAUGAUCUAAUUGUUUGGAAUACAAGUGGGCAGACUUCUCAUGGUGAGAGCAAAGAUAAAAGUCCGACAAUGUCUCCUACAAACACCUCAAUUCCUUUUGGCCUGAAGCCACGAUCAGUGUUCUUAAGACCACAAAGAAAUUUGGAAUCAAUAGACCCACAGUUUACAAUUCGAAGGAAAAUGGAGCAGAUGAGAGAAGAGAGAGAGCUUGUGGAACAGCUACGUGAGAACAUUGAAACAAGGCUAAAGAUUUGUUUGCCUGAAGACUUGGGGUCUGCUCUGAUGGAUGGUGUAGUUCUCUGCCACUUAGUAAAUCAUGUUCGCCCUCGAUCUGUAGGAAGUAUUCAUGUACCUUCACCAGCAGUUCCUAAACUUAGCAUGGCCAAAUGCAGGAGAAACGUGGAAAAUUUUCUGGAUGCAUGUAGAAAACUGGGGAUACCAGAGGCUGACCUCUGCUCUCCGUAUGACAUCCUGCAGUCGGAUAUUCGUCACAUUCGAAAGACUGUUGACACUCUGCUCGCCCUCGGGGAGAAAACCCCACAAUCAACUUCUGCCUUUCGCUCCUGGGAUCUAAUAGGCUUUUGUCUUUUCCACAUACUUUUUAUAGUCUUGAUGUAUAUAACUUAUCACUGGAAUGUGCUAACAGCAUAA